AUGUCAGCGGUCUUCCGAAACAUGGGGAGAUUUGGUAUCUUCGUUACGCAAGUUGCCCAAGUGCUGGAAAGGAUGCCUUGCAUCGUGUUCUUGUCCGAUGCCGGAGAGCCUAAGGGUCUUGCGCGUUAUUUAAACAGGCGACCGCGAUGUGUCCAUCCCCACUCAUUUCAUCCCAUGGAGUUCGCGGUCCCUUUCUCUCUGCCACUUAUCGCGUUGAGGACGCUUGAAGGUCAAGUCUACCAAGCCGAUUCCACUCUCCUCUUACAGCAUUCGGGACUCUUUCGCACUGUUUUAUCUCUUCCACAACCCAUUCAUGGACCUGAUAAAUACAUCGACACCUGGGAGAAAGCCUCCACAGUCCGUCGCAUCCUUUCGAUGAUGCACAAGAAACCCGUCAAGCCCUGGAAGUCAUUCCACGAUUUCUCGUCAGUUCUCGAACUCGCCGAGAAGUGGGACUGCCCCUCCAUCCUCAACCAACUCCGUCAAAGCCUGUCAGAAUUCAUCAGCGACUACCCACUUCAGACCUUUUCCAUCGCCCGCUCCCUGGGCUGGGAUAACGAAGCUCGACAUGCCUCAUCAGCAUCACUGGCGCUUGAUUUCAAAAACUCGAUCAAUGCGGGGGUGUUGGCCUCGAUGUAUACGGCGGAUGUCACAGCUUUGCAUAGUCUCCGGAUAAAACGAUGUGUUAUCUUCAAGCAACUACUGGACAGUCCUCAUCGGUUCCCGUCUGGAAAUGGGUCGAUGUUCUAUUGCGAUCCCUGCGAUAGGUUCUACCCUCAAGACGGGCUGUGGGCGGAGUUCAAGCGGGUGUUGGUGGACGAGUUGAAGAAGAAUCCGUGUGGAACGACCGUGCUUUCCUUGAUUCUCUUCCAAAACAUAUCGACUGAUCAUGUCCUCGGGAUUAGUUUGGAGUUCGGGAUUGGGCUAUGA